UCGGAAGUGGCGAGGGCGGGGCCAGCGCUGAGGAGCACAGUCAGCCGACUUGCUAAGAUGCUGCUAGAUUUGUCCGAGGAGCACAAGGAGCAUCUGGCUUUCUUGCCUCAAGUGGACAGUGCAGUGGUGGCCGAGUUCGGGAGGAUCGCCUUGGAGUUCCUCAGACGGGGAUCUAACCCGAAGAUCUACGAAGGCGCCGCCAGGAAACUCAAUGUGAGUAGUGACACUAUCCAGCAUGGUGUGGAAGGAUUAAUCUAUCUCCUCACCGAGAGCUCCAAGCUCAUGAUUUCUGAACUGGAUUUCCAAGACUCUGUUUUUGUCCUGGGAUUCUCUGAAGAACUGAACAAACUAUUGCUUCAGCUUUACCUGGACAACAGAAAGGAGAUCAGAACUAUUCUGAAUGAGCUGGCACCACGUCUUCCCAGUUACCACAGUCUUGAAUGGCGGCUAGAUGUACAGCUUGCAAGCAGAAGUCUCCGGCAACAGAUUAAGCCAUCAGUGACUAUCAAGCUGCACCUCGAUCAGAACGGUGAGCACAGCAGUCAUUGUUUGCAGACAGACCCAGCUACCCUGCUUCAUUUGGCCCAGCAGCUGGAGCAAGCCCUGGAGGAGAUGAAAACCAACCACUGUAGGAGAGUUGUCCGCAGCAUCAAGUAGCCCUGAGGUUCAGUUCCUCUCAGCUCCAAUACAGGGAUUCCAGUAGCACAGCUGGAGUUUCUUUUCUAAGUUUCUUUGAAACCCUGAUCAGAGGCUAAAGUACAGUUCAUUUCUGGUGCUAAAUGCAGUCAGCUUCCUGACAGAUUGAAAUAACAUUUUCUAUUUUAAAUGUGUAAAUAGGAUGGACUCAGCUAAAGUGAAUCAAUACUCUUCAUGUCUUCUGUGUAUAUAUGACUCUUCUAGUGUGAGUACUUUUGCCUGCUUUAUUUUUUGUCCUUGAUCAAAAAUUCAAAAUAAAAUUCACUGUUACUAUUAGACAGUUCAAUUUUUUUUUUCUUCUAAAAGUACUAUACA